UCCCUGCCUGCGACCUCAGAACUGAGCUGUCCAAAGGAGGAGAGGACAAAGGGAAAAUCACAGUGGAUUCAGCUCCCCACAGGCAACAAGAGAAACGGGUCUUUACCAGAGGGUUUGUUCAUCAGAACUUUACCUCUGCUUCCAAGCCAUGGGCAGACACUUCUGGUUCCCCUUGCAGUACAUCUCCAAGCCCUUCUGGAGGUCAGAGGAUCACAAUGGCACUAACUUCUUCUCUGCUUUCUAUGGCUUUCCCAACCAGUCUUCAUUUUUCCACGGUGAUUUGGACCUGGAUGACAUGGGGGAUUUUGACAGCAGCACCAGAUAUGAAGGGGAGUCCCAGAGCCGGACAGUCAAGGCACUGCUCAUUGUGGCCUAUUCAGUGAUCAUCUGCAUCUCGCUGUUUGGAAAUAUCCUGGUCUGCCACGUGGUGAUCAAGAACAAGAGGAUGCACUCAGCCACUAGCCUCUUCAUCGUCAACCUGGCUGUUGCGGACAUCAUGAUCACCAUCUUGAAUACACCCUUUACCCUGGUGCGUUUUGUGAGCAGUACCUGGGUGUUUGGAAAGCUGAUGUGCCAUAUAAGCCGAUUUGUUCAAUACUGCUCUGUCCACGUGUCUGUGCUUACCCUUGCAGCUAUUGCACUGGAUCGACACCAGGUUAUAAUGCACCCUCUGAAACCACGGAUGUCCAUUGUGAAAGGAGGGAUUUGCAUCAUUAUAAUCUGGGUUAUGGCCAGCUGUUUCUCUCUGCCCCACGCGAUCUAUCAGAAUCUAGCAAAAUUUUAUAUUAGCAACAGAACUAUACGAAUGGUCUGUCUUCCGAGCUUCCCUCCUCCUGCCGAUCUUUUCUGGAAGUAUCUGGACUUGACUACAUUUGUACUUUUGUAUGUGCUGCCCUUGCUUGUGAUCUCCAUCACAUACACUAUGGUGGCCAAGAAGCUCUGGCUGAGGAAUGCCAUUGGGGACAUCACCAUGGAGCAAUAUUAUGCCCAUCAGCGGAAGAAGAAGAUGACGCUGAAGAUGCUAAUGGUGGUGGUGGUGGUCUUUGCUGUCUGCUGGUUCCCACUAAACUGCUACCUAGUGCUCAUUUCCAGUAGGGCCAUCCACAGCAACAAUGCUCUAUAUUUUGCUUUCCAUUGGUUUGCCAUGAGCAGCACCUGUUACAACCCUUUCAUUUACUGUUGGCUGAAUGAAAGCUUCCGUUCCGAGCUCAAGUCCCUGCUUUGCGUGUUCAAGCGGAAGAGUGCAGCUCAGAGCCAUGCGCUUCAGUCCAUCUCCCCUCCUUUCAGGCAUGCCUGGGUUGAGAACUGUCACUAUAAAAGAAACAGCUCUUCCCAGAAAGCAAGGUCACCUUCAGAAAGGAACUCUGCAAAGACGGACAUAUCCAGUGUCCAGCCAAUUGUAACAGGGAACUAA